AUGGUACAUCUUGUUGACAGUGGUAGUGAUACCAAAGUCGAGGGGGAGGAGCAAUCUAAAUUCAGUACACCUGUGCGUGGGGACAUUCUCCAUCCGGCACCUAAUCCGUUCCCCGAUCGUAGUGCCGCGACUACGCUAACAGCGCUGGGAGCAACGUCCCCCAUGGAUACAUCCAUUAUCACUAACCCGCUUGACGAGGAGCUACAACGCAUGCUCGAUCAAGCGGCAAGCGCACGGUGGAAGUCAGAAGUUCAGACAACGUUGCAACGAAACAGUGACUAUACGUUCACUCGACCUGGCGCGAAAGAACUCAUUCGUCAGUGUCACGCCAUACUUUGGCAACAUGGGCCACCGGCCCCGAGGCGAAAACGCCCACUGAACGAAUGCCGCAAGGCUCUUCGAGAGAGGUACUUGGAACCUACUGUGAUGAGUUUGAGUCAAUACAGAGAACGGCUGCAAAAGCAGGCCCGAGGAACAUUGGUUCCACAAAUUAGGGGUAUACCCAUCAUUUUGUCCAAAUAUGGGGACGAAACUGCGGGGGGAAAUAUGUUCAUCCGCUGGGUGCACGGCGUUCGACGCCUCAGUAGCAUGCACGCGCUACGCGAAAGUGCCAGUGUGGCAGAAGUUCGUCUAGAGUGA